GGCAUCACCAUGAUCUUCCUUUUUCUGGUUGCCUGGAUUGCUCCCUGUAUAGUUAAUCAAUUUCUCAGUAGCUUUGCCAAAGCAGACGUUCAGAAAAAUUCCAAGCAAGUAAUCUGCAGUGUGCUAGGGCCACAAGGCCCUCCAGGUGCUCCCGGAGCACCAGGUCCUCCUGGGAAUAUAGGAAGGAUGGGUUUGCCAGGAAAAGACGGAAAAGAUGGAGAAGAUGGACAGAGAGGAGAGCCAGGGGAUGAAGGUACCCAAGGCAGGACAGGAAAUCCAGGCCGGCCAGGAUCAAAAGGGAAACCAGGAGCCAUUGGCAAAGCUGGUCUCCGUGGUCUAAAAGGGCCCAAGGGCCCCACUGGAAAAAGCGGGGGCCCUGGAAAGAAAGGGCCCCGAGGAGCCCGAGGAGACCUUGGGAUGUCUGGUCCUUGUAAAUGCAACGCCAAGAAAGCCAAAUCAGCUUUCUCUGUUGCUGUGACCAAAAGUUACCCAAAAGAGAGACUGCCCAUCAAAUUUGACAGGAUCCUCAUGAAUGAAGGUGGAAAUUACAAUGCUUCCAGCGGGAAAUUUAUAUGCAACAUCCCCGGUGUCUAUUAUUUCACUUAUGAUAUCACACUGGCCAAUAAACACUUGGCUAUUGGGCUGGUGUGUAAUGGUCAGUACAAGAUAAAGACAUUUGAUGCCAACACCGGGAAUCAUGACAUUGCUUCUGGAUCGACAAUCCUUUCCCUAAAGCAGAAGGAUGAGGUGUGGCUGCAGAUAUUUUACUCGGAACAGAAUGGGCUGUUCUAUGAUCCCUACUGGACAGAUAGCAUUUUUACUGGCUUUAUGAUAUACGCUGAUCAGGAUUAUCUCAAUGAUCUAUAAAGGGGAGUGCCAACCUCAACCAACCUAAUGGGAGACAAGAAGCAUGAAAAAUUAUGUACAUUUAUCUUUGAAAAAGUCCUUCAGCUACAAAAGCAGACCUAAGAAGACAAUGGCUUAAGCUCCUACAAUAUUUAUAUAAUUAAUCUAAACCUUGGGGUUUCUUUGUCUCAGAUGGUACAGACGCUUUAUUCUUUUCCAUAGACAUGCACUCACAAAUGGUUUCCAAACAAGAGGGAAAGGGACAGUGAUGGGAUUCAAUUUUGUUUACUACCAGUUCUGUGGGCGUGGC